UUAAAUAAGGAAGCGAGGUUUUAAUUCUUUGAAUUGUAAGAAUAUUUACAAUUAAAAAUAGCAGCAGCAAUUAAUAUAUUUUGUAAUUAUUUCUAGAGCUUAAUUUAAAAUAUUCUUGUUACUAAAAAUAAAAAUUGAGCCCUAACCUGGAUUCCUGAGUCUUUUGCUAAUACAGAAAAAAAAAAAAAAACAAAGAAAAAGAAAAGAAAAGGCGGGAAUGGUGAAGCAUUUUUAGGAAUUUGGCUUAUUAACUCAAAACUCAGUGAAAACGAUCAAGGAGAAGAUGUAUCGAAGCAGCGAAUUCGAUGGGAGCGCAGCAGCCUUCAUGGGCGGCGGAUUUAUGCCAUCUCAGACCACUCAGCCUUCUGAUUCCUCCUCUUUCCCUAGUUCCAGAAAUCGGGAGACUAGGUGCUUGUUACCGUUGACAGUGAAGAACAUAUGUGAGCUACCAAGUAAUGAUGAAUCCAACUUCGUAAUUGAUGGUGUUGAAGUCAGCAAUGUUACCAUUGUGGGAAGGGUAUGCCAAAAGGAAGAUAAAGCCAGCGAGUAUACAUUUCUUAUUGAUGAUGGGACUGGACAGAUAGAAUGUACCAGAUGGGUUCAAGAACGCAUUGACACCGAUGAAGUGGAGGCAAUCUCAGUUGGAAGGUAUGUGCGUGUCCAUGGACACUUAAGAGGGCUGCAGGGUAGAAGGUUCUUAAAUGUGUUUUCCAUUAGGCCUAUUACUGACUUCAACGAGAUUACAAGCCACUUCAUCGAGUGCAUUUAUGUCCAUUUCUAUAAUACAAAGAUACGGCUUCAGGGUGCUACUACACAGCCCCAGCUAGCAAGUUCAACAAUGAAUACCCCUUUGAAAGGGUACCAAACUGGCCCACAAAAUCAAGCCUCAGCCUUUUCUGGUGCUGAUGGAGUGAACAAUGUUGGUCAGUUGAUAUUAAAUUUUUUGCAGCAGCCCAUGUACCUUGCUAACGAGGAUGGAGUCAACCGUAAUGUCAUUGCCCGUCAACUAAAUAUUCCAAUGGAUAAGCUCAUGGAAGAAUUGCAGUCGCUUGUCGACAAUGGCUUUAUUUACUCUACAAUUGAUGAUGAUCACUUCAAGUCGACUAUUAAUGCUUGAAGGUAUUAAGAGUAAUGCCAUUAAAGGUGAACUCAUUGGGUCUGCCAAAGAACCAUGCUCCCUCUAGGAACAAGGUCAUGGACCCUGCAUGUGGAUCUCAUAUCUUUUAAUCUCUGGUGGGGGCUUGUUUCCAUCCUGAACAAUACUCUCUAUCAGUUAGUACAUAGUCUUUAGCUUGCUUGAUACAGGUUAUUCUGCAAUCCUCUCCUCCAUGGCUCUGUAGGCUUACACUUCUAUAUGAAGCCUGCUUGUCUGCAUAGUAGAAUAUGGAAUGAAUUGUUGCUUUUCUUCUGGUCGACCUUCUACACUUUUGCUCAUUAGUAUUGAUGGAAAGUUUGCCAGAUUUUAGCAACUCCUUUUCAAAAAUAGGCCCCGGUUUUACUCUCUUUUUUUCUUUUUCCUACUAUGUAUCAUCUAUUAUGCUGACAACUUAUUUUGCAGUAUCAUCAUAUAUUCAGAGGGUAUAGAGCAAAUGUAUUAUGUUACAAGAAUUUUCUCUGUUCA